AUGGUAUACUAUUACACGUCAAAGGUCGUUGACCCCUCGGCUUUCAUCUACGUUGGGAAAGAUAAAUUUGAGAAUGAGGACCUUAUAACACACGGGUUGGAGAAGGACGUCUGGUACCGGUGUUUCCACGUCGAUAACUUAUCCAGUGCCCACGUAUAUCUCCGCCUCCGGGAAGGAGAAACAUGGGACAACAUCCCGCAGCAGCUGCUGGAAGAUUGUGCACAGCUUACCAAAGCGAAUUCGAUCGAAGCAGGCAACAAGAAGGACAAUAUAACUGUGAUCUAUACGCCAUGGUCGAAUCUUAUGAAGGAUGGAUCUAUGGCGACCGGCCAGGUCUCUUUCCACAAUCCUAAAAUGGUCCGCAAGGUCCUUGUCCGACAACGGGAAAACCCAAUUGUCAACCGAUUGAACAAGACGCGUAUUGAAAAGUUCCCUGAUCUCAAGGCGGAGAAGGAUGAAUAUCUAAAGAAGAAGCAGAAAGAAGAACGUAAGGUAAGAGAGGAGCAACGAUCGAGGGAAAAGCAGGAACGGAGGGAACGAGAACAGUUGAAGUGGCAGAAAGAUCAUGCCUAUGAUGACCUGAUGAGCGAGGAGAACGUUCAGGCGAGCAACAAUCAGGACCGAGAUCCCGAUUUCCUCGAUGACUUUAUGUGA